AGAGAAGCCCAAGGGGGAGUCCCUGAGAUGACCACUGUGGGUAACAGAUGACCUUUUCCCUUGGGGCUCCUGGGGUCUCUUAUCCUUGGGCUGGGAUGCCCCCAAAACAGGCCCCUAGCUCUUAUGUGGUCUUUAAAAGUGAGCCCACAGCCGCCCACCUCACUUACACCCAGCCCUGUGGUAGAGCUAGCGUGGGGCCAGUGACAUAGUCUUUGUCACUGCUAGAGGACAAACCUGUAGAGGAGAUUUUGGGUUCCUAAGAGGCUAUGUGGGGUGAUUCCUACCUUGGAAAAGAAAGCAUUCCUGCAUCUGCUACUAGGACUGAAUACAAUUUAUUUCAGUGCUGGGGGACAGAAGGGAAGGGGGGGCAGUCACUUGCUCCUCAUCUGGGCUAUUUCUUGGUAGACCUCAAAAUGAGACCGUUACAGGGAGGGAGGGCUGGGGCCAAGGGAAGCAGCUCAUUAGCACCAUCAGCUGGCAAACCUAAAAGGAAGAGGGGCCUGGACUCUGCCCUAUUCCUGUUCACCACCUGUCUCUACCCUUUUCUCCCCUUUCCCUGGCUUUACCAGAGUCCCUGUCUCCCUGGGCACCCGCCUCCCAACCCGCCCCUGGAGGGCGGGACUUGGCUGCACCCAUGUGUGGCGGAGUUAUAUGCUCCUAGUCGGCAGAGGAGCUGGGGAGCAGGGCACUGAGCUGGAUCAGUUAGAGAAGUGGCACCAUGGCUGGCAAGAAAGUCUGCAUUGUAGGCUCCGGCAACUGGGGCUCAGCUAUUGCCAAGAUUGUGGGAGGCAAUGCAGCCCAGCUGUCACACUUUGACCCCCGGGUGACCAUGUGGGUGUUUGAGGAAGACAUCGGGGGGAGAAAGCUGACAGAGAUCAUCAACACGCAGCAUGAGAACGUCAAAUACCUGCCAGGGCACAAGCUGCCCCCCAACGUGGUGGCUGUACCAGACGUGGUCCAGGCUGCAGCGGAUGCUGACAUCCUGAUCUUUGUGGUACCUCAUCAGUUCAUCGGCAAGAUUUGUGAUCAGCUCAAGGGCCACCUGAAGGCAAACGCCAUUGGUGUAUCUCUUAUUAAGGGGUUAGACGAGGGCCCUCACGGGCUGAAGCUCAUCUCUGAAGUGAUUGGGGAGCAGCUUGGCCUCCCCAUGAGCGUGCUAAUGGGGGCCAACAUUGCCAGCGAGGUGGCUGAUGAGAAGUUCUGUGAGACCACCAUUGGCUGCAAGGACCAGACCCAAGGACAGCUUCUGAAAAAGCUGAUGCAGACACCCAAUUUCCGCAUCACAGUGGUGCAAGAGGUGGAUACAGUAGAGAUCUGUGGGGCCUUAAAGAAUGUAGUGGCCGUGGGCGCUGGCUUCUGUGAUGGGUUGGGCUUUGGCGACAACACCAAGGCAGCAGUGAUCCGACUGGGACUCAUGGAGAUGAUCAGCUUUGCCAAGCUCUUCUGCAGUGGCCCUGUGUCCUGUGCCACCUUCUUGGAGAGCUGCGGUAUUGCUGACCUCAUCACUACCUGCUACGGAGGGCGGAACCGAAAGGUGGCAGAAGCCUUCGCCCGCACAGGAAAGCCCAUUGAGCAGCUGGAGAGAGAGAUGCUGAAUGGGCAGAAGCUGCAGGGGCCCCCAACAGCCCGGGAGCUACACAGCAUCCUCCAGCACAAGGGCCUGGUGGACAAGUUUCCUCUGUUCAUGGCUGUGUACAGGAUAUGCUAUGAGAGCCAGCCAGUGGGUGAAUUCAUCCAUUGCUUGCAGAAUCAUCCAGAACACUUGUGAACGGAACUGGGGCCCAGGCCAGGCAGCUUCUUUACCCCAAUGGAGACAGUCAGCAGCUUGGGGUACCUGGCCACCAGGAUCUGUGGGACGCUCCAUGGAGCAGCCUCUUCUCCUGGAGAAUAAGGAGGCUGUGGGGCCCAACUAUCUACCUGGGGAUCCUGAACCAUCAAGCAGCCUAUAGCCUCUUGCCACCACCUCUCACCAGAAAUGGAGUUGCCUUGUCCCUCUCCAGAUGUGGGGCUUUCUCCUUGUCUUCUGGGAGGGGUAGAAUCAAGGCCCAGUGCUGUCUGCUUUGGGUGUGUGUGUUGGGGGGAGGAUGAAGGGACAGGGAGGCAAGGGCUACCCACUGCUGCCUCACAAAGACCAGGAGCCCCAUCCCCAAGCCCAGUUAAAUGGCUAAAGAAGUACCUCAGCCACAGGAGGAAUGAGGCAAGGGCUGACAAGGAGGGGUCUGGGCUUUUAAGCUGACACAGGCCUGAGGGUCCCCUUUGCUCUGACCUCUGCCAGGCCCCACACAGCAUCAAUGGAUCUCAGUGUCUGUUAAAAAAAUACAAAGCUCUCAACCCCCUCCUAGCUUCUCCUAGCAACAUCUGCGUCCUCAGAAACCUCUGGUCGUUCCUCCCCACCUCCCCCAAGCUGCCCUGGCACCAGAGCUGCUGCCAUGCUGGCAUCUCUGGCCCUGGGGCUUGUCAUUCUCCCCAGGGACUUCCUAGUUCUUGCUAGCUCCUCCCCACCAUGCAUGACCUUUCUAAGCCUUCCCUCGCCCUCCUGGCCAGCACCCUCUUCAGAGAGCAGGAACCUAAUCUGCUGACAGCUACACCUUUUCAUAGCAGGCUCAGAUCACUCAGCUCCCUAUGACCUUUGUAUUUGCCCCGCCUCCCUUCUCUGGUUGGGGGAGGUGUCAGUUGGGUCCCUCCUGCUUCUAUCUUCCCAAGGACAUCCUGGGCUUCACCCCUUUCCUCCUCCCAAACCCUGUGCCUAUUUCUCAGCUGCCCCCAGAGCAGCCAGGGCAGCUAACCAGCACCUGCAUCAGGAGGCCAGGGGGCCAGAGAGUGGCCCAAAGGCUGAUCAGGGAUUGUGAGCAGGGAGGGAUGAGCAGGUCCUUGUUGAUGGCCCCCGACAUUCCAAGGCCAGUCCUCCGUUGUCACUUGGAAGGCUUUCUCAUGAGGUAUUGACUCCAUCAGCACCUCAGGAGCUGGGAAGGUCAAGGAGGAAAAAAUUAAAACCACCCUACCCACUGUGGUGAGGGAAGAACAGGAAAGGGAGGAGGGAAUGUGCUUUGAACUGGCCUUGUUCCAGGAUGGGUUGGCAGCCAGGGAAUGUCACAGGUCAGCAGCCUGGGCCCCUGGCUACAAAUAGGCCCUGUGGGCCUGCCAGGCUCCAGCCAUGUUCAGCAGAGGAUCUCAGCUUCCUAUGUGGCAGCACCUGGCACACUGUGGCUCUGGCCAGCAUUAUGUUAACCCUUUCUUACUCCCUGCCCAAUCAGGGAGGUGGGCUCGGCUCCUCAGCGCUAGCCCUCGAGGAUUCACUGACUUACCAGGGAAGGGCAGAGCUGCCUGGAUCAGGCUGCGGGAGUGCAGGCACAGCCACCCCAGAUUUGGCUGGGCCCAGGUUAGGGCUCUGACUGAACCCAGAGCUGCCUCCCCAGGAGGUCAAAGUGGGGGCAGAGACACAGCUCUUUUCCUUCGGCUGCAGCUGUAACCUUGUUAGCUAGUCCGACACCUUUGCCUACGUUUGUUCACUCCACAGUUAACAAUCUGAGGCCUUCCCAUCAAGCCUACCUCUUGUCUACUCAAUAAAUCGUGGUUUUCCCGGAAAGGAGUUGGGGAAGGGCGCUUCAGUGCAUGCGGCAGUUCGUACGCUGUGGUGUAUCACUGCAUAUAUGUUUCCAGUCAUGCCA